AACCUACUAAUCAAAUCUCCAACAGCAGAAACAGAAUACGAGUACCAAUCGAAAUUAGGGUUCAUAUUUUCUCCCAAAUUCCCCAAAUUGAUCCCUCUCAAAUGCUCAACCAAAAACCCCAAGAUUGACCAAAAAGAUGGCGUCCUUAACACUAACCCCAGCUCUCGAAAUACCAAUUUCAUCGGAAGCAAAUUCUUCUGCCGGAAUCGGGGAAACUAUCAGUAUCAAACCAAUUGAUCAUCAAGUUUACAGCUGGUUAUUGAAUUGCCAUGGAUUUUGGCACAAUAUUUUCCUAAUUUUACCUUCUGCUUUGUUUAUUUUGUACUUGGCAUUUCAAGCGAAGAAGAGCUACAGGAAGCUUUUGGUUGGAAAGUCCCACAUUAUUAACUCGUAUUAUGGGAUUGUUUGGCUUGUUAGUCUCCUUAAUUUUACUUGGUGUUGUCUUCAGACUUGGGAGUGUACUCCGGGAAAGACACUAGCAUGGAACCUUCUAUCUCUAUUCACUACUUCAGGCUUGCUGUUUCUGGAAGUGAGUUUGAUUGCUUUUCUUCUUCAAGGAAAUUAUGCAAGUGGGACAGAAGCUUUGACUCGUACUUUUUCCAUCUCCGCUAUGCUAGUUGGUUUCGAUGUCUUUCUGAAGGGAAUGUAUGUAUUUGCAUUUGGAGUCCCGUUAUUCAUUGAGAAUAAUGACGCAAAUCGAAUGAAGUGGGGCCUGUGGAUUGUACACAAGCUAGUGCUAACUGCAGUUUAUGGCUUCAUACUUUUCAUGUACCAUUCCAGCAGGAGAGAGAGUUUACCUGCAAGACCAGCAUAUCACAAGUACAUCACAAUCAUGUUUGGCGUUAAUGCGUUGGCGCUAUUUGCUUGUGUCCUGAGUGGAAACGGUUUUGGGUUCUGGUUGUAUGACACCCUAGAUAUAUGCUACCAUGCAUUUUACCUUCCUCUCAUAUACAUGACAUUUUUAGCCGAUUUCUUUCAGGAGGAAGACUUGAACUUGGAGCAUGUAUACUACUCAGAGAUGAAAGACGCUGGAUUCUUUGAUGCUGAUUGGGACUAAAAAAAAUGACUAAACCUUUUUGUUUCCUGGUUGUAACUUGUAAAUAGAAUUUACUCGUCUGUUGUAUAAAUAAUAUUAUGAUUUUCCUUGUAGAACAACUCUUAGUUUUUGUUAAAAUUUAGUGCUAAUUAAUUAGUUGUGAAAAUGGAUUUGCUGCCGGCCUGCCGCUAACUUCUUCCUGUUGGGUAGUACUACUUCGUAUAAGAGGUGGCAAAUGUAUUGUGUCGUGUUUGCUCAUGUGUUCAUUUUGUGUGA